CCGGUUUGUCGUUGCGGGACAGACUCUUCAAGAUAUCGUGAUGUGGAAGGUGGUUAUGAAAGAUGGAUUUCUCACAAUGAAAAUCGUCCAAAAAGGAUUAACAUUUUGCUUUAAUGAGUAUUCGUAAUAACGAUGUCAUCUUCACCUUCGAUGCACGAAACCAACACUGUUUGCGAAAGAAACACUAGAUGAUACUCGAAGUUUAAUCUCUGUGUGGUAAAAAUACCAUCCAACGAUAAAGACGGAUGCCAAGCUAUCUUCGCCCUACGGAUCGCUCUCAUAACAUCAUCUUUGACACGUGCAUCAGAUAUAUGUCGGAAAUAUUUGGAAUGAAUGGAUGAUAUCGCAAUGGCUACAUUGAUAACUUUGAUACUAUCGACAAUCAUAUAGUUUUGAUCAUAACUCAUGACUUUAUGUUUAUCUUUCGUGCAAGUACAAAAACUUUAAGCUCGUGAUCUACGACAUCGACGAUGAGUAGCAGGCGGUCCAUCGCGUCCUUCCUCGUACCGGGGAGGCUUCUCACUGUCAGGAUGUUCGUCGUCGUGGUCGUCAUCCAGAUGGUAGUCGCGCUCCUCGUCGUCCUGUCAUCCCGAUACUUUGAAUCUUCAGGAAGAGGAGGUAUCGUGCUAAAAAGGAAAGAGAUAGGUAAACAGCGCCCCCAGGGACAAAAACCAGCACAGCCGGAAUGGAGACCCGUGUUUAAAAGACCAACGCACAACGAGGACGUUAUGAAGAAGUUCAGAAAGCUUGGCUUUAACGUGUCAUUUGUACACCGUGAACCUAUCAUACCCGUGCCGAGUAAAAUGGCGGAACUCAAAGAAGCCCUCUCGGAGAAUGUACUUCCAGGACUUUUCCAGGUUUUCCGGACAGACAGCCAACAGUUCACAUAUGAGAAGCCGCCACCGUUCAUCAUACUCACAGCUACAGAUAAAAACUUUAUAGAUUUAACGGACAACUGGCGAGCAAGCAUCGAUCGACUUAAGUUACCAUACGAUGUCCUUCUAAUGGCAGAAGAUGAAGAAACGCACAAAUAUUUCUUCGAGAAAACUACUCAGCGGUUUCGAACAGUCCUAUCCAGCCAGUUCGCACUGCCCGGAAAACUUGCAAAGAACAUCUCCACAUACCAGCACCUCAUUCGGCGAAGAACCGUCUACAUCCUUUCCAUCCUUCAAUCAGGAUAUGACGUUCUUCUCGUUGACAUCGACGCAGUCUGGUUCAAGGAUCCAGUGAAGCUGGUCCUUGACGAAUACGAUAACUACGACAUCUGGCUUGCGCAGGGGAAAAUGGCGCGUUUCCCUUGCCCGUGUUUCUUCUACAUGAAAUCAACAUCCGUUGUGAUAAAAAUGGUUUAUGACUGGAUCGAAAGACUGGCCUACUAUACGGGCAAAGUGGAAACGGACCAGGUCGCUUUGUCUUUUAUUCUCAAGGAAAAUAAACGACAUUUGGGGAUUCAAUAUUUUGAUUACUACAAAUUCCCGAUUGGGAAACAGUUUUUCAAUUGGACGUGGCAUGAUCAACAUGCGGACCGAGUAUAUAUAGCUCAUGGAAACCAUUUAGGACGAUCAGAUGGAAAGGUGUCUACGUUUAAGGAAUUCAACGUCUGGCUCCUUGAUGAAUAAAGUUUCAGAUUGUUUUGUGUGUGACGUCAUUACUGGUGGCAGCGGCGGGAUCAAACCUGCAUCAACCUCCAAACUAAAACCAGUUUAUUUUUUCAAUACUACCUUAAUACCAACAUGUUGACUUUGUGGAUUCAUUGUCUGGCUCCUUGAUGGAUAAUGUCAGCUUCUCUCACCUCAGUGAAAAUAACAAAUAGACAAAUAACAUCUGAACAUUAGGAAUGUUUUUUCUUACUAAUAUGGAAGCUGAAAACGUUGACAUUUCAAUUGUACAUGCUUAAAUGCUACUAGAGCAGCUGAAAAUAUACUCACAUGGGCACACACUGCAUUGAUUUGGGAUUUCAGAGAGCGUCAUAAAUCUUGUUUCCAGAAUGGAUGCAGUUUUGGCUAGAUGUCAUGAGGAACUUGAUAGGAAAACGUUUUAUUUGUUAGGUUACGUUACAGUGACCAUAAUUGGUCUCAUUUGAAACCAUCCUCUAGAGUUCGGGACUUGCAACAUAUUACUAAAGCUUUCAGUUAGUGAUUUUUUAUUUUCGUAAUCAAAUUUGUUUAAAUUUACCUUGAGCGCAUAGAGGGAAACUCAAACAUUUAGCACUUCAUGAAUAAAAUAUAACUCUUGUUAGGAAAAGUAGUUGUGUACAUAUAAUUUAUAAUGUCAGUUGUUCAAUUAUAUAACAUCCACUAUGACCUACUUAAUUUGUAAUCAAUGUCCCAUUGGGGGCGACGCAAUCGAGGCGGGGAGUUGCAGGGGAGUGAAAAAGUUGAAGUGAAAAAAAGAGGAGAAUAAAGAUGAUAUUUAAAAGAGGAAUAGGUCGUGUAAGUUUGCUCAUAGGUCGUUUAA